CAAUGACCCAUCUUCAGGCGUGGUAAGAACCCCGUUACCAUUCAUAUAUUGUUGGAAUGUAUCUAUAUAUAAUGUGGAGCGUCCAGUCUGAAACCUGAGUUCGCUUGAAGUUCUAGUGGUUCAAUUAUUUUUGCACCAGUCUCUUCUCCCUACUUACACCUUCUCUGAACUAAACUUCUGCUGCGCAGGCAACACACGCUCCUUCCCCCUUCGACUCGUCUCACAAUCUCUCAUCGGGGCCAACGCUCAGGGAUCCAACAAAUCAUCCACUUGCAGGCCAGCCUACCUCAACCGCGUCCUACAUGCCCGUCCCACAAACCAACUACCAGAAUAUCGAGUCCCGCAACAGCGACUGGCUGGAGCAGUCGCAGAAGGCAAGCAAACGGUCAAGAUUCAUCGUUAUUGGCUCAGUAAUUACCCUUGCCGUAUUGAUCGCUGUUGGUGUCGCAGUUGGCGUCACGCUCUCGAAAAAGAGCUCGAAUAACAGCUCGAGUUCGAGUUCGAGCGCCUCCGCUCCAGCUGGGACGAACCCCAACGAUCCUAGUAACUUCCCGAAAAACUCUGCUUUGGUCAAUUCGUUCUAUGGUAUCGCGUAUACGCCACUGGGCUCGCAGCUCCCCAACUGUGGCAAUAAUCUAACGGAGGUCAUUGAGGAUAUCCAGCUGUUGUCCCAGAUCACAACGAAUAUCCGUCUUUAUGGCGCUGACUGCAAUCAGUCCUCCCUCGUCCUUGCUGCCAUUCAGGCUACCAAGGUUAAGAUGUCUGUCUACCUCGGCAACUAUCCUGCUUCCGACGAUAACGGGACUGCGUAUACACGCCAGAAAGGCGAAAUUCAGACUGCUCUUCAACAAUACGGUGCAGCCAACGUGGCCGGUGUUACAGUCGGCAAUGAAUUCAUCCUUGAUUACAUUACAGGGCAAGGGCAGACGGACCCCAACGGCUCCGCAGGACAGGCAGCUGCGGCGAUGCUGAUACCCUGGAUCAACGAUACUCGUUCAAUGCUGUCCUCGAUGGGUAUGAGCAACAUCUUAGUCGGUAAUGCAGAUGCUGGAAGUUAUUUCAAUAACGAAGUUCUCGCUGCCGUCGACUAUGGGAUGGCGAACGUCCACCCAUGGUUCGCCAAUCAAUCGAUUGAUAACGCUGCCGCCUGGACGGGCGAAUUCUUCAGCUCCACGGACGUCGCUCUUGCUCAAUCUCUUCCGAACCAACCGAAGAUGUACAUUGCUGAGACUGGCUGGCCAACUGGUUCUUCUUCUUUCAACGCCAACCCGAAUGAUGGGCCUUCGCUCGCUUCUGUGGAGAACUUGCAGAUAUUUAUAAAUGAUUUCGCAUGUAACGCUACCAAAAACGGAACUGGAUACUUCUUCUUCGAGUUCAGUGACGAGCCUUGGAAGAAUACAACGUAUGGUGGCGUGGAGGGAUACUGGGGCUUGUUUGACUCCAACAAAAACCUGAAAAACAUCACGAUCCCCACAUGCUAGCCGGUCCCCUCUCGCUCGGACAGAUACCUUAUGCGGACUCCAUAGCCAAUACAGAUCCUAACUAUAGCAUUUUGUUCACAGUUAGCCUUCUAUCCAUCGUAUUUUUUUCUGCAUGCCGCGGUGGAUGAUCUUUAUCGAACGUUUGCUUCGAAAGGACUACAUUAUGUUGCAUCUUUAUCUGCGAUUUUGUCAUAUAGCUUUUGACGAUGUAUUUAAUACCCGUAGCUUCCAUGCCAGCCUUGACCCUUGUGUGGUUGAACCAUUGACUAAUACAUUUUUAAGCGGUGGUUACCUAAUUAUGCUGUGACCUCUACACAAUGCAGCGGCGUUGGACAUGAAAUGUUGAACUGACAGGUCUUCUGA